AUGGAUCAGGUAUUUAAAUUAGCUGACGGUCCGCCAUAUGGUCACCUGAAUAUGGAAGUAAGCUUGUGGGCAAUUGAGUUGUUGAUGAAAGAACGAGCAAGAGAAAUUGUUCAGCGAUGUGGAUGUCGGCUACAUGAGACACAUGGUUUGCCAUGUAAAUGUAAGAUGGAUGCACUUAGUGAUGCCGGCAUGGAGUUACACCCUCACCACUUACAUCGAUUCUGGUCAUCUUUGGUGUAUGAGAGUCCUCCUGAUGGUGCAAAAUGGGAGGACCAUGAUGCCACUGAGCGUGAAAUUUUUGCAGCCAUGGUGGAGGAUGUGUACAGGCAAGGACCAGCUGCUGUCCGGAAGGCAUCUCAGUUACUACUCCCUCAUAUUCGUCCACAAGUUGCAGGCCUAUUAGAGCCUAGAGAGUCAGAGGCUCCAAAGGGACGCCCACCAAAGAGGUCGAACACUAGAGAUCCUUCUUGGUUUGAGCAUGAGAGGACACGAACGGCAAAGAGGAGAAAAACAAAUGAGAACACGAGAAAGACACACAAGACGACUCCUGCAGGAGGUGUCUCGAAAAGUCAGCAUAUGCAAGUCCACAAUGAGAGAAAUGUUUGUCCUUAUCUCCGUUAUAUCCCACUUAGCGUCCGCCCUCUUCUUAGAGGUUGGUUUGACCCAAAACCAGACGGGCAAUGUGGUUUUCGAGCCAUGUCACAUGUGAUUUAUGGAGACGAGGAACAAUACUUACAAAUGAGGCAAAAUCUUGUCACAGAAAUCAAUGAUCAUAGGUCUAUCUAUGAGGGGGUUUAUCUUUACAGAGAUGGAUCGUUGGAGGCAACACGUCAUAGGCUGGGUCGUCGGACUGCUGGGAGUUGCACACAAGAGUAUUGGUUUGAGGAGGUGGAUUUGCUGACAUUCGCAACCCUAUACAACUGUGCAAUUGUUGUUUAUGGACUGUAUAAUGAACGAACCACGUAUGGGUACACAGUCUUACCUUUGACGGCGCCGGAAGGGGUCACUCAACCUAGUCAAGUUAUAACUCUUGCUUUUACUGGGGCACAUUGGGUGCGACUAUAUUUUGGCGAAGUUGAUGGGGUCACACCAAUACCUCAUUUUAGUCCACAGUGGUCUCACUUUCGGGAUAUGCUAAGAAUUGCUGAUUGGGAUUCGUUAUACGAGCCAGGGCGACAAUUGUAUGUCGAUCUCGGAGGACAUCAUCCAGCCAAUGACGAUGACAAGAGUGAUUAA